AUGGGGCGCGAGGGCAAGACCAAGAACCAGAAGCGGGCCCGGGCAGCCGCCCAGCAGCGGGCCCAGGAGCAGUUCGCCUCCGUCCCUCACUCCUUCGUCUUCCACCGCAGGCGCGUGGGCCGGAGCUUGCAGCAGCUCGUCCUGGACGUGCGGCGGGUGAUGGAGCCGUUCACAGCCAGCACCCUGCAGGUGCGGAAGAAGAACUCGCUGAAGGAUUUUGUGGCGGUGGCGGGGCCCCUGGGCGUGACGCACUUCCUGGUCUUCACCAAAUCCCCCACCAACGUCAACUUCAAACUCGUCCGUCUCCCGGGAGGCCCAACACUGACCUUCAAAGUCACACAGUACUCGCUCAUCAAGGACGUGGUGUCCUCCCUGAAGCGCCACCGCAUGCACGAGCAGCAGUUCACGCACCACCCACUGCUGGUGCUCAACAACUUCGGCCUGCAGCAGAUGCACGUCAAGCUGAUGGCCACCAUGUUCCAGAACAUGUUCCCCUCCAUCAACGUGCACAAGGUCAACCUCAACGCCAUCAAGCGGUGCCUGCUGAUCAGCUACAACUCGGACUCACAGCUUCUGGACUUCAGGCACUACAGCCUGAAGGUGGUGCCUGUGGGGGCGAGCAAAGGCCUCAAGAAGCUGCUGCAGGAGAAAUUCCCCAACAUGAGCCGGCUGGAGGACAUCAGUGAGCUGCUGGCCAAGGACAUUAACCUGUCGGAGAGCGAGGCUGAGCAGGACGGGACCCACAAUAUCCUGGAGCUGCCCCAGGCAUACGCGGGCCGGGGGAACAUGAAGGCCCAGCAGAGCGCUGUGCGUCUCACUGAGAUCGGGCCCCGAAUGACCCUGCAGCUCAUCAAGGUGGAGGAAGGGUUGAACCAGGGCAACGUGCUCUACCACAGCUUCAUUCUCAAGACGGAGGAGGAGCUCCGGGCGGCCCUGGCCAGGAAGGAGGAGCGGCUGCGGCUGAAGGCAGAGCGGCGCCGCAGGCAGGAGGCUGACGUGCAGCGCAAGAAGGAGCAGCGGGAGGCCCACAGGAAGCAGAGCCUGGCCGGGAUCAGGAGGAAGCAGCAGCAGGGGGAGGAUGGUGACAGUGGAGCUGAGGAUCCUGGGAUGCCGGAGGACCAGGACCCGGCCAACCAAUCAGAUGACGACGCGGAAUAUUACCGGCAGGAAGUGGGCGAGGAGCCCGACGCAGAUCUGUUCCCCAAAAGCACCAAGAGGAAACACGGGCCCCCACGCUCCCCCCAGCCCAGCAAGAGACUCAGAACCAGCCAGCCUGGGGAGCAGCCUGCCAGCCGCAAGGCGAAGCACAGGAGACCCCCUGGCCAGCCGCAGAGAGGCGGGCGCAGCCCCAGGCAGCAGAGGGAGCUUGGGAACUCUCAGAGGCCUGGCCAGCAGAAGGACCCACGGAGCCUUAAGGGCCGCGGGCAGCAGCGAGGAGCACGGAGUCCAAAGCCGAAAGGACCCAGGCAUCCGGGGCAGCAGGGAACCAAGCGAGGGGUGGAGCAGCGUCUUCAGACUGCAGCCAGCUGCCAGCAGGAAGGAACACCCUGCUACUGCUUCCCUCUCCAGCCUGCGGCGGGUCCUGCUGCCCCCGGGUCGCAGCACAGUGCCAGGAUGACUGCUACAGGUCCUGAGGGGCCAGGGGCCUGCAAUGUUUCCUUCAAUAAGUUCCAGGAGCACAUGUGGCCAGUGCUGACGGUGGAGUUCUUCCUGGCCUUUGCCGGCAACGCCUUCGCCAUCUACCGCUUCGUGGCACGUGAGCGCACCUGGCACACGGGCAUCGUGUACUCCUUCAACCUGGCCGUCAGCGACCUGCUCUACGCCCUCUCCCUGCCCUUCCUGGCCGCCUACUACUACCCGCCCAAGCACUGGCGCUACGGCCCGGCCCUCUGCAAGCUCGAGCGCUUCCUCUUCAGCUGCAACCUGUAUGGCAGCAUCUUCUUCCUCACCUGCAUCAGCCUGAACCGCUACCUGGGCAUUGUGCACCCGCUGCUGGUGCAUGGCCGGCUGGAGCCGCGCCACGCCAAGCUGCUGAGCGGCGCCGCCUGGCUGCUGGUGGCCGGCCUCUCCGCCCCCACCCUGCACUUCUCGGAGCUGCAGCCCAGGGGGAACUGCACCGAGUGCAUGGGCAGCGCCACAAACGAGCAGCUGCCCCGCUACCUGCCCUACAGCCUCUUCCUGGCGGCCUUCGGCUGCGGGCUGCCCUUCCUGCUCACGCUCUUCUCCUACGCGGCCAUCCUCCGCACCGUCUGCCGCAACCCCCACAUCACGCGGCUGGAGAAGCGCAAGGUGGGGAGGCUGGUGAGCGUGGGGGUGGCCCUCUACGCUGUCUCCUACCUGCCCUACCACACCCUGCGCAACCUCAACCUCAACCUGCGUCAGCAGUGUCUGCUGGGCAAGGCGCCGAACUACCAGCACGCGCUGUUUGUCCACUCCGCCUACCAGCUCAGCAAGAUCCUGGUCACCCUCAACAUCUGUGCCCACCCGCUGCUCUACGCCGCCCUGGCCGACAGCAUGCGGGGCUGGUGCAGGGCCCCCCGCGGGCAGGACAGGGGCCAGUCCGCAGAGAACAUGGAGCUCAAGGCCUGUGGCUGA